AUGGAUACGGAAAAUGAUGUGCUUCUAGAGGAAAAUGUUAAGAAAGUCGUGACAAUAAAGCAAUUUAGAAGCUAUCGUAAUGGACACUUCGAACGUUGUCAUAUUUGGCAUAAAAGAGUAACACUUGAAAUCUUUGAAUUACGCUUCUAUCCAAAUGGAGAUGACCCAGAAAAUGAGGGGUAUGUAUCGAUUUUUCUUAAAAACCAUUGGAUAAAAGACUAUCCCUUAAAAGUUAGAUGUACGGUAUCUAUUAUUGAUGUUGCUAAUAAGCAUAGGAUGACGCAAUCUUUUGGGCAUGAAAAUGUUGACAAAAGAUGGUCUUUCGGACUGGAGAGAUUUGUCAGCCAUCGUGUUUUGAAGGAUGAGGAAGAUGAACUUUUACAAAACAACUCUUUUAAGCUUUUCUGCGAAAUAAGCUACACAAUUUCCAAAUCUGCCAUAUCUACAGCCAACAUGGCUUGGAAUGUAUUGAGCCAAAUCUGCGAAAUGUUUCCAUCGACUGAAAGUGCAACUAAAAUCGUUUCUGAAAAUCUAGAAUGGACUCUAGAGAUCUGCACUUCAGAGGGAAAUAAAUAUCCAUUGCACUUCAAAAAGGGUGAAAGGACUCUAGGUUCCGAGAUAAUUGCCAUUUCGCCUGUGUUUGCUGCCAUGUUGAAAAGCCCCAUGAAAGAGAGAAGGGAUAAAAUAGUCUAUAUUACUGACAUCGACUAUAAAACACUCAUGCAUUUUUUUACUUACGUAGAAUCCAAGCAGCUGGCCAUCGAAUCCUUUGAAGACAUUUACCUUUUAUAUGAAAUGGCUGAUAAAUAUCAAGUCUCAAAUUUGAUGGAAAAGUGUGUUCAGUACAUGUCAGCUCAGAUAGGUGUCGACACAGUUGUUCAACUGUUAGCUCUAGCAUAUAUGCAUAGUGAUGAAAAGCUUAUGACAGUUGCCGCUCGUUUCAUUCGAACACAUAGGAAAAAAGUCUGCGACUCUCUUGAAAAUGAUUCAGCAGAUAGUGAAUUAAGAAAGUUCUUCCACACUUGGGCCAAAGACAAUCUAAAAGUAGAGGAAAGCGAUCAUUGCAUAAUUCCACCUGAAGAAGAAUUUCCAGAACAUUUUUAUGUUCCAUCCAAAACACUAGAAAGGGAAAGUUUUGAAUUUUAUGAAUAA